CAGGGCGCAUUUUAGCACACUCCCUCCCACCAUCUCUUCCUCUAAAUACAGGAGAAAGGGGAGCAAAGAAAAAGGGAAUCAAUCUCUCUCUCUCUCUCUCUCUUUCUCUCUCUCUCGAAUCAGAGAGCCACAGGGGUCAGCAGUAAACACUGAAAGCCUCCAACCCAAAGAAUUGCAUAGUGACAUUACAUUAGAAUUCAGAUAUACCCAGAGAUUCUUUGUCUCCCUGGAAAAAGCUCUGAUGUUACCACUCUUCCACUCAUACUGAGCUCAUAUAUGCAACAAAUACUACUUGUUCAUUCUUUUCUCUUCUUGAAAUGGACGAAUUUGUUUUUGUUGUCAACUGCGACAGCCCGGCUUGUGGUGUUCUUGGAUUGCUUUCUCUUUCUCCCCUGAGUUACACCCUCCGGAGCUAAAAAUAAAAAAAUAAAAAAAUAAAAAUCCCUCCUUUGGGAGCUUUUCUCUCUCUCUCUCUCUCUCUCUCUAGAAUGGCUUGCAAGAGCAAGAUAGCAGGGAGGUUGGAUCCGGUAAGAAAGAGGAGUGGCGGUUUGAGAACCAAGCAGGCGGGUCGUGGGUCUUGUAGAGGAAGUUAGGAGCUUUGGACUUUGCUUGCCGGAACAAAGACAGCAAUGAUUGAUGAUUCUUCUUCGUAGCUGAUAACUCUUCAAUUUCUUCUUCCCCCCUCCCUAUAAUCUCUCUGCAACAAAUAAGGAAAGAAAGUUUUAUUCUUUAUAUAUUAUACCUAUGGGCUAUUUGCUGAAGCAAGCUUUGAAGACUCUCUGUGGAGUCAACCGUUGGUCUUAUGCUGUUUUCUGGAAGAUCGGUUGCCAAAAUCCCAAGCUUUUGAUUUGGGAAGAAUGUUAUUAUGAACCCCAAGUUUCAUCCUGUGGAAUUCAACAAGUCGAGAGCUCAAAACUCGCUUUCAAUAAUUGGGGUGCUUGCUGGGCUUCGGAUGAAGUUCUUAAUUCUCGACCUGUGCAAGCAGGGGAGGGAGUUCAACCGCUUGUAAAUAAGAUGAUGAUGGAAAAUCAGUUCAAAGUAGUGGGAGAAGGACUGGCUGGACGAGCUGCAGUUACCGGUCAUCAUCAGUGGAUUUUAUCACAGGGCAAUAGCAGAGAGGCGUACCCACUAGAGGUUUUGAAAGAGCUUUCUCAACAAUUUUCGGCAGGCAUUGAGACAAUUGCCGUUAUUCCUGUUCUUCCUCACGGUGUCGUUCAACUUGGUUCCUACAAAGUGGUAAUGGAGAAUAUGUUUUUUGUGAACAAUGUGAGGAUGACAAUUUGUCAACUAGGAUGUAUUCCUGGUGUCUUGCUAUCCGGUGAAGAUGCAAUGAGAGAACCCGCCCAGAACAUCGGGGUCCCAAUCCAUGUAGGAAAUUCGAUUUCCGAAGAUUUUGUUGGGAGAUCAAAAGUAUUGGACUCGGUGCCUAUUGCAUAUAGAAACUCUGAAACUAAUUUGGUCCUGUCUGAGAUGCAUGUAGGUCAGACUUCUUCCUCUUUUGUCAGACAAAACACGGGGGAUCUAUGUUCUAGCGAUGCUACUUUUGGGGACACCCGUAAUUCCCAGAGCUUUGUCGAGUACCAUGAUGAUCACUGUCAAUCAAAAGCUCGUCCACUAAUGAAACCAAACUUUUCUCCAAAGGACCAGCUAGUGUAUGAAGUGACAAAAGCGGAGGUACUUCCAUCAAAUCCCAAUGCCUGGUCGAAUCAACAAGCUUAUUUUUAUGUCCCGGGACCUCCUUUCGAUCAGCAAUCUCCUUUUGAGUCGAUGACAGUUGAUAGUGGCAGCUUAAGGUUGACUAAAGAAGAGAUGUUGUCAAAUGCUAGUGUCAGUUUUCAUACAAAAAAUAACUCGAGCAUAUCCAAUGGCUAUGCGACAUCUCAGCCAAGACGAGAUGCUGAUCUGGUUCCGGACCAUAUCGAAAAUUCUGUGCUUCAUUCUGUUGGAGUAAACCAACUAUGUAAUGGAGUAGAAAUGCAUCUGAAAUCGAGCCCAGUUCUUGAUUCCUUAUCAGAUGCAUGUGGACCGCCAAGGAAAAAUAUCGGUUGCACACAGUCAGCUGCGAGUGCGUUUCCAAAUGUCGAGUCUUCUAAACAGGAGGCUUCUUCUUCUUCUGGUGCGGUGAACCAUUUGCUUGCAACACAUCCUUCAGAUAACAAAAGUGUGGAGUUUCAGCUGGAUGGGAUUAGGGGAAUGGAAGAAAAUGAUUUAUUCCAAGCACUUGGCAUUAUUAUGCCACAACAUAACGAGAAUCUGAGUUCACCAAAGUGCAUUCCUGAUUUUAGUUAUGAUGUUAAACACGAAUAUGGAGUGCAGACCGCAUCGUUGGAUGAUGAGCAUGAUAAUACGUUUUUCCAAGAUCACUCGGGGGAUGACCUUUUCGAUAUUCUGGGAGCUGAUUUUAAGAAUAAACUACUAAAUGGUAACUGGAAUGAUCUCCAAAGUAGUGGGCAGGACACGAUAACAAUGGAUAUGCGCAAGAACCCUUCUACAUCUAUGAUUAGUAAGGACGCCUCUUCAACUGUCAACCAAGGGAAGUUGGACACUGGUAUUGUCCCAAUGUCUUCAGUUGAUCAUCUCUUAGAUUCUUUGGCCUCGAGCCCUCCUGCCAAGAAAAGCUUGGAUGAUAAUGUUUCUUGCUGGACCACGCUGACGAAUAUGAGUAGCUCCUCUGGUCCCAGUGCUUCGUGCUCCUAUGGUCAAGUAUCAAUGCCUAUUGAAAUACACGGGGGAUUAGUUGGUUUCCCCAGGUCUCUUACGGACUCUGCUAUUAUGGGCUCUUGCUCUUUUGGAUCGGAGUCUUCGAAGGAAACUGCUGGAGUAUUUUUGCACAGUAGUUCGAUUUAUGGAUCGCAGAUAAGUUCGUGGAUGGAACAGGGGCACGACAUGAAGAAGAGUACUAGUGUUUCGACAGCACAAUCUAAGAAGCAUGAUGAAACAAGCAAAACAAGUCGAAAAAGGCUGAAACCAGGAGAGAAUCCUAGGCCUAGGCCAAAAGAUCGCCAAAUGAUUCAAGAUCGUUUGAAAGAGUUGCGAGAAAUUGUGCCUAAUGGAGCAAAGUGUAGCAUUGAUUCACUUCUGGAACGGGCUAUCAAGCAUAUGCUUUUCUUGCAGAGCAUCGCAAAACACGCAGAUAAACUAAAACAGAUUGGAGAGUUGAAGAUCAUUAGUACAGAAGGCGGGCUAUGCUUGAAAGAUAAUUUUGAUGGAGGGGCUACAUGGGCAUACGAGGUUGGCUCUCAGUCUAUGGUCUGCCCUAUCAUUAUUGAGGAUCUGAACGAGCCUCGUCAAAUGCUCGUGAAGAUGCUUUGUGAGGAACGAGGCUUAUUCUUGGAAAUCGCUGAUGUUAUUCGAGGUUUAGGAUUAACUAUCUUGAUAGGAGUCAUUGAAACAAGGAACGAGAAGAUAUGGGCACGAUUUGCUGUUGAGGCUAACAGAGAUGUUACAAGGAUGGAGAUAUUCGUGUCGCUUGUUCGCCUCUUGGAGCAAACAACAAACGGAGCAGAACCAUCCAACGCGAACGAACUUGAAUCCGUUAAGGAUCAUCAGUUCAACCAUGGCGCUCCAAUACCAACAACGACGGGUCAGGCUCGAAUGUUGCAGUGAGAUCCUAUGAACUACUUGUUGUGUCUGGAUAUGUUGAGAGCCAGCUCAAAAUGUGUUGCUAGCUAUGACUAACUUGUCCAGACAGAUACUACUGCUGCUACUGGUGAUCCAACUGAGGAGAUGAAUGUGUGCUUUUUUCCUUUUCCCUUUUACCAAGUACAUAUAUUGUAGCAAUCAAAUGGCAUAGGAACAUAUAAUCAGUGGCAGGGCUGUUGACUGCAUAUUUGUUCAUUUCAAUUAAAUGUUCAUCAAGAUGCAUCUCCAAUGUCUCUUUCCUUUUCUUUUUCUUUUUAUUUUUAUUUUUUGUUUGUGUGAUCUGUACUCGUAUCUGCAUCCUGCGGUAUAUAAUAAUCCAGUUGAACUU